CGGAGUGCGGAAGUGGGCCUGUGGCGCCUCCCUCACUCGCCCCAAAGCCAAUUCCCCUCCCAUACUGCGAGUCCGGCGCUCGACCGCGAUGGCUGGCCGGCCGCAGCAUGAAGCCCAAACUGCCCUCGCCCUAGCCCAGGCCCACUUCGACAAGGGCGAGUUCGCCGAGGCCGAAGCGCUGUACUCGGCCUACAUCCUCCAGUGCGCGCGCGCGGCCCCGGCGGCCGGCGAGUGUGGCGGGAGCAAAUGCAGCCCUGAGGAUUUGGCUACUGCGUAUAACAACAGGGGGCAAAUCAAGUACUUCAGGGUUGAUUUUUAUGAAGCCAUGGAUGACUACACAGCUGCCAUAGGAGUCCAACCCAAUUUUGAAGUUCCGUAUUACAACAGAGGGUUGAUACUCUAUCGGCUGGGAUAUUUCGAUGAUGCUUUGGAAGAUUUUAAGAAGGUAUUAGACUUAAAUCCUGGAUUUCAAGAUGCUGCUUUGAGCUUAAAACAGACUAUCUUAGAUAAAGAAGACAAACAAAGAAGAAAUAUGGAACAUAAUUAUUAAAAAUUUUAACUUAAUUGAGAUGUUAACUCAUGGUCCAAUAUAUACAGAUGAUUGGCUCAAAUUUAAAGUAAGUAUUGAGCUAUUUUGAUUUAUAUUUAAGAUAAAAGAAUCCACAAACUAGAAUUAAGGUUAAAUAAUAUAUUUAAGGUUGCUAAUUUCAGGUUGAGAAAUUAUGUCAGAUAGGUCUGCUUUUUAUAAAGUAUAAAUAAAUCAUUAAUGUAUAAAUAUUUGCGGGGGGAGGAUGGGAAGGGGAAACAAAGGAGGAGGCU